AUGGCGGAGCAGGAGAGCCUGGAGUUCGGCAAGGCGGACUUCGUGCUGAUGGACACCGUCUCCAUGCCCGAGUUCAUGGCCAACCUCAAGCUCAGAUUUGAAAAAGGACGCAUUUACACCUUCAUUGGAGAAGUCGUCGUCUCUGUGAACCCUUACAAGUCAUUGAACAUCUAUGGGAGAGACACAAUUGAACAGUAUAAAGGACGGGAACUGUAUGAGAGACCGCCUCAUCUUUUUGCUAUUGCUGAUGCUGCUUACAAGGCUAUGAAGAGGCGAUCAAAAGACACUUGUAUUGUGAUAUCAGGGGAAAGUGGAGCUGGUAAAACGGAAGCCAGUAAAUACAUCAUGCAGUACAUUGCAGCAAUCACCAACCCCAGUCAGAGAGCAGAGGUUGAAAGAGUGAAGAAUAUGUUGCUUAAGUCCAACUGUGUUUUGGAAGCUUUUGGAAAUGCUAAAACCAACCGUAAUGACAACUCAAGCAGGUUUGGAAAAUACAUGGAUAUCAACUUUGAUUUCAAGGGGGAUCCUAUUGGUGGACAUAUCAAUAACUACUUACUGGAGAAGUCUCGAGUGAUCGUGCAACAGCCAGGAGAGAGAAGCUUUCAUUCUUUCUAUCAGCUACUCCAAGGAGGUUCAGAGCAGUUACUACGUUCUCUACAUCUCCAGACAUCCCUUUCAUCCUACAACUAUAUCCAUGUGGGAGCUCAAUUAAAGUCUUCUAUCAAUGAUGCUGCAGAAUUCAAAGUAGUAGCAGAUGCCAUGAAAGUAAUUGGCUUCAAACCUGAGGAGAUUCAAACCGUGUAUAAAAUUUUGGCUGCUAUUCUCCACUUGGGAAAUUUAAAAUUUGUAGUAGAUGGUGACACACCUCUUAUUGAGAAUGGCAAGGUUGUAUCUAUCAUAGCAGAACUGCUCUCUACCAAGGCAGACAUGGUCGAGAAAGCCCUUCUUUACCGGACUGUGGCCACAGGCCGUGACAUCAUCGACAAGCAGCACACAGAGCAAGAAGCCAGCUACGGCAGAGACGCCUUUGCCAAGGCAAUAUAUGAGCGCCUCUUUUGUUGGAUCGUUACUCGCAUCAAUGAUAUUAUUGAGGUCAAGAACUAUGACACCACAGUCCAUGGGAAAAACACUGUUAUUGGUGUCUUGGAUAUCUAUGGCUUUGAAAUCUUUGACAACAACAGCUUUGAACAAUUCUGCAUCAAUUACUGUAAUGAGAAACUGCAGCAGCUAUUUAUUCAGCUGGUUCUGAAGCAAGAGCAAGAGGAGUACCAGCGGGAAGGGAUCCCUUGGAAGCACAUUGAUUACUUCAACAACCAGAUCAUUGUGGACCUCGUGGAACAGCAGCACAAAGGCAUCAUUGCGAUCCUAGAUGAUGCUUGCAUGAAUGUCGGCAAAGUCACCGAUGAGAUGUUCCUUGAAGCACUCAACAGUAAAUUGGGCAAACACGGUCAUUUUUCCAGCCGAAAGCUCUGUGCCUCAGACAAAAUCCUGGAGUUUGAUCGAGAUUUUCGAAUUCGACAUUACGCAGGUGAUGUAGUUUAUUCUGUCGUUGGUUUUAUUGACAAAAAUAAGGACACUUUAUUUCAAGAUUUUAAGCGCCUCAUGUAUAACAGUUCAAAUCCUGUGCUGAGGAAUAUGUGGCCUGAGGGCAAACUGAGCAUUACAGAGGUGACCAAGCGACCUCUGACUGCUGCCACCUUGUUUAAGAAUUCCAUGAUUGCUUUAGUAGACAACCUUGCAUCAAAGGAACCAUAUUACGUACGUUGCAUCAAACCCAAUGAAAAGAAAUCCCCACAGAUAUUUGAUGACGAACGCUGCCGGCAUCAAGUAGAGUAUCUUGGACUACUGGAAAAUGUGAGAGUGCGUCGGGCAGGAUUUGCCUUCCGCCAAACUUAUGAGAAGUUUCUUCACAGAUAUAAGAUGAUCUCUGAAUUCACCUGGCCCAACCAUGACCUUCCUUCAGACAAAGAGGCUGUCAAGAAACUAAUUGAACGAUGUGGUUUUCAGGAUGAUGUAGCUUAUGGAAAGACCAAAAUUUUCAUUCGAACACCCCGUACGUUGUUUACCUUAGAAGAACUUCGUGCCCAGAUGCUUGUAAGGAUUGUCCUCUUUCUACAAAAGGUGUGGCGGGGCACCCUGGCCCGUAUGCGGUACAAGAGGACCAAGGCAGCUCUGACGAUAAUCAAGUACUACCGGCGCUACAAAGUGAAAUCAUACAUCCAUGAGGUGGCCAGACGCUUCCACGGCGUCAAGACCAUGAGAGACUACGGGAAGCACGUGAAGUGGCCAGCCCCUCCUAAAGUUCUUCGCCGUUUCGAGGAAAACCUACAGGCUAUUUUUAAUAGAUGGAGAGCAUCCCAGCUCAUCAAAAGCAUACCUGCUUCAGACCUGCCCCAGGUUAGGGCAAAAGUCGCAGCCAUGGAAAUGCUGAAAGGCCACAGAGCUGACCUUGGGCUCCAGAGGGCGUGGGAGGGCAACUAUCUUGCUUCGAAGCCAGAUACACCUCAGACCUCAGGCACUUUUGUCCCUGUUGCUAAUGAACUGAAACGGAAGGACAAAUACAUGAAUAUCCUCUUUUCCUGUCACGUCCGUAAGGUGAAUCGAUUUAGUAAGGUGGAAGACCGAGCAAUUUUUGUCACUGAUCGUCACUUGUAUAAAAUGGACCCCACUAAACAGUACAAGGUGAUGAAGACUAUCCCUCUGUACAAUUUGACUGGUCUGAGUGUCUCCAAUGGAAAGGACCAACUUGUGGUGUUCCACACAAAAGACAACAAAGACCUCAUUGUCUGCCUCUUCAGCAAACAGCCAACCCAUGAGAGUCGAAUUGGAGAACUUGUUGGAGUCCUGGCGAAUCAUUUCAAGAGUGAGAAGCGCCACCUUCAAGUGAACGUCACCAACCCGGUACAGUGCAGCCUGCACGGGAAGAAGUGCACCGUGUCCGUGGAGACGCGGCUCAACCAGCCGGAGCCCGACUUCACCAAGAACCGCUCGGGCUUCAUCCUCAGCGUGCCGGGGAACUGAGCGCAGCGCCGCCGGGCCGGGCUGUCGCCUCGCUCAGCUCGGGUGCCGGUCCCCGUGCGGCUUGCUUCCUGCCUUCUGCCUUUGGUCUCCAUCUUCCUCUGUCCCGACUUCCCACUGUCCCCACUCAAUAAACCAAAGACUUUGGCGCCCUGCCCCAGACCCCUGGGCUGACAUCCAGACUGCACCUUGCCUCCAGGCGGCUGGACGGUGCCUUUAGUGGGCGAAGGUGUCAACGCGCCUUAAGCCAGUGACCAGCUGCUGACCCCUGUAAGUGGUGGGCUGGGGGGAGCCCAGGACGCAGUCUCCCAGCCAAAGACGUGCUCCCCCAGGGGACUUGGGGAGGUGCGGUAGCCAUUAACUGGGGAUGUAGCCCCACCCUCUUCCCCCAAGGUGAUGGAAGCCUUCAAGAUGGCUCAGAGCUUCUCGGCACACUCCCAGCCCACCCCCAGCGGCCACUCAAAGCCACCAGGUGAGCAGGUUCACCUGCAGAGCCAAGCUCCUACCGUCCGUCCUUCCCUGAGCCAGUCCAAGCCAGCCCCGGGGACACUCCCCCACCCCCACCCCUUGACCAGGGCUCCCACCUGGGCCUCUGACCACCCCUCCGGAAAGAACAGUGUGAUGCCCCUCGGCCUGUGUCUGUCGUCAGCUGACACUCACAGUUUGCAGGUUGCUAAUCAGAGAGCUGCCACCACACUUGUGUUAGGAACCCUAAUAAGAAAAUGGAGCUACCCGGGGACGGGGCACCCAGGGGGUUGGCAGCUUUCCUUCUCUAACACCUCUCCCUGUGUUUACCACCCAUGGGGAGGACUAGGGCGGCAACCAAGCACCCAGGAAUGAUGGGAAGCAGAGCAACAGAAAGCCGAGCGUGGGGUCCUGGCACUGCGGGCCAGGCCAGGAUACCCACCCCCAUUCCCCACACAGAUCCUCCCAGUGCCGGCCAGUGGACCUCAUCCCAGGAGGGCACUGCCGUCUUGCCAAUCUCUGCCCAGCUGAAAGCAAGCGCAAUUCAGAGCCUUCCUGACACCACUCUCCUCCCCCCGCCUCAGCUGCUGCAGAGGAUGCUGUGACCUGUGGCAGCCAGGCCUCCCGGUGGGGAGCCUAAAAGAAGGGGCAACUCAAAACAAACACCCUGUGGUAUAAGGGGCAGGGAGGAGCCCACACCUCAGGAGGAGCUGGCAGGGGUGUCAAAGAGGGGCAUACUGAAGUUUUCUUCACUUUCUGCCACAGACGCUGCCCCUCCCCCAGUGCUCCCACCCUGCCACCCUGACCCAGCAGAACCCACCAAGUGCCUGUGUGCAGCCUCCUGUGCCUCACCCAGGGCCUGAUGCAGUCACCUGGCUGACCCCAGGGUGGUCCCAGCAGCCUGGUCUCAUGGCCACCCCCAUCCCUGCUUCCCAGGGCUUCAAACAUUUGCACUGUGUGCAAAUUUGCAACAAAGAAUCCUGUUGGCAUCCUGUCCUUGGGAACCCUUUCUCAUUCUCGAAGCCUGGUCAGCUGCCUGCUCGGUGCAGAGGCACCACCAGCCCAGUUUAGCAACGCUCAUAGUUUUGCCAAUUACCAGUAGACAGUAGUUGAACCAUCUAACUGGAACUUCACUCCUUCCCACUUCCCCGGACCUGUUGCUUUACACUAGACACAGAUCAUGCCAAAUGAGUUGCCCGUCAGGAGCUGGAGAGGAGAGUUGGGGUCUGGAUCCCUUCUUUCCGCCUUUCAGUGUUGCCUCGGCCCCUCAGCCCCAGCGCCAGGACUGCCGGCUGUCAACAAGCACUUUUUUCUGAUGUACUAAAAGAAGUCAGUGAGCGUGGACUGAAGAAGGAUCAGGAGUUUAGGGUGUGAUCGUAGUAAUGCGUCCAGGGUGCUGAGGGGAAAGGAAGCGGACACAGUGAUUGUAUGCAAUGAAAUGUUUCUCUUGAUUUAAUUAAAUGCAAUUUUAUG